AUGUCCGACCUAGAAAAGUACGGUGUCACUUCAGCCAAGGGCUUCCUCGAUUUCGCCAACUGGCUGGUCGAGGACUGGAUACCCACCGAAACCACCAAGGGCAGACAUCUACUACAUCAUCUGCAUCUUCUACUUCGUCCCCGUGCAGGAGCCUUUGGCUUCCCACCAGACCCGAUCCAUCCGGAUAGCGUCGGCAAGCCCCUGACCCCUCUGUCUGAGUGGGUGGUUCAAUUCGCGCAAGAUGUUGGAGCGCAUCUCAACAAGCCGUCUUUGAUCUAG